AAUGUACUCAACAUCCAAAACUCUCCGCGAUCGAUCAUGGACUAAUGUUUCCGGAAGAGACAUAACCAGGAAUUAUGAGGGUUCAUAUGGCGGAGAGUUUAUCCAAAUCCCACCGACGGACACAUUCUCGGAGACUUCUCCCGACUGGUUCUUCCGCCGAGGACGGACAGUUGACUGUAUCAGAAAAAAAAAAUCUUUAUCAAAGACAAGAAACCAGUUGCUGAUGAGUUCUUGCCCCACCCUUUUGCAACCCCUGCGAAACCGAGACCCCCGAUUUGAUGCCCAGGUUGCCCGCUGGACCCACAUCUUCCCGAUAACCAUUCUUCUAUAUAAAUCCGACUGCCACUUUUUCUCUUCUGGGGAUGAUACACUGUCAUAGCCAAAUUUGUCUGCAUUCUUGAUUCCUUUCGUGCAAAAUGACCUCCUUCACCUACGACGUCUUCCGCGGCUCCUCUGAGGGCAAGAUUGUGCCCGCCCAGACCACCAGCGAGCUCGGUCACGGCGAGGUCUUCAUCGAGACCACCCACUCCGGUCUCUGCGGCACGGACGAGCACUACCUCAAGGCCGACCAGGUGCUGGGCCAUGAGGGUGUGGGUAUCGUCAAAGCUGUUGGGCCUGGUGUCACCGACGUGAAGGUUGGCGCGCGGGUUGGCUUUGGAUAUACGCACAGCGUCUGCGCCAACUGCGAUAACUGCGUGACUGGAUGGGACCAGUACUGCCGCAACCAGAAGCAAUACGGCUUCCACGACCUCCACAACGGCACCUUCAGCUACGGCGCCAUCUGGGACGCCAAGUGCGUCUACCCGAUCCCGGAGGGGUAUGAUUCCAUCAACGCCGCGCCGCUGAUGUGCGCCGGCGCCACCGUCUGGACCGUCCUGUCCGAGUACGGCAUCAAGGCCACCGACCGCGUCGCCGUCAUGGGCAUCGGCGGGCUGGGCCACAUCGCCAUCAAGCUGGCUGCCGCCAUGGGCUGCCACGUGGUCGUGCUCUCCAGCUCCGAGGGCAAGCGCCAGGAGGCGAUGGAUUUCGGCGCCUCCGAGUACCACGUCUUCCGGUCCGGCGGCCCCGUCCCCGAGGGCUUCAAGCCCGUCAACCACCUGCUGCUGUGCGGGAGCGGAUCGGUGGAUUAUCCUUCGCUCAUCCCCCUCAUGGCCACCCACGGCAGCAUCUACCCGCUGACCGUCGCCUUCGAGCCCGCCCGCGUCCCCAUGCUCGACCUCGUCUGGCGCGGCGUCCGCAUCCAGGGCUCCCUCGUCGCCUCCCGCAACAGCAUCCGCUCCCUGCUCGACUUCGCCGCCCGCAAGAACAUCGUCCCCACCGUCAUGACCUUCCCGCUCACCAAGGAGGGCAUUGAGGACGCCAUGGAGACCCUCCGCCAGGGCAAGAUGCGCUACCGCGGUGUCUUGGUGAAGCCUUGAAUUUGGCGCCGGGCUGUGGGCCUUGCUUGCCUUUAGGGCUGUGUAUGUAUGACGAUGAUGAUGUGCAUAUCUGUGGCGUUGUGGGUUAUAGAUUUAUAGAUUUUCUUCUCUGGGGGGGUGGGUAAAUUUAAUGAUGCCGG